AUGACCAACAGUAGCUUCCUUAGAUCUUCUACCUUCCUUCUAACAGGAAUCCCAGGAAUGGAAAGUGGGAACGUGUGGCUUGCCAUCCCUUUCUGCUGCGUGUAUGUUAUUUCCAUCCUGGGAAAUAGUGCAAUCCUCUUUGUCAUCAAAGCAGAGCGCAGCCUCCAUGAGCCCGUGUACCUCUUCCUGUGCAUGCUGGCUAUCGCAGAGCUUGAUGUGUCUCUGUCUAUGCUCCCCACAGUGCUGAGCAUGCUGCUCUGUGAUUCACAGAUCAGGUUUCACACCUGCCUCGCCCAGAUGUUCUUCAUUUGCUCCUUCUCCAUCCCGGACUCUGGGGUGUUGAGGGCCAUGGCUUUUGACCUCUUCAUGGCCAUCUUGCAGUAUGCACCCAUCCUGACCAACCCCAGGAUAGGUGUCAUUGGGCUGGGGUUCACAGUGAGGAGCAUUAGCCUCUUGCUCCCCUUGCCAAUACUUCUGAAGAAGCUGUCGUUCUGCAGGUCCCAGGUGCUGGCUCACUCCUUCUGUUUGCACCCCAACUUACUCCAGCUGCCCUGUGCAGAUAUCAAGGUGAAUAGCAUGUAUGGCUGCUUUGUCAUCCUGGCCACCUUUGGGCUAGACUUGUCUAUCCUCCUGUCCUGUGCCAUGAUCAUUAAGUCUGUGCUGAGUAUCACAUCCAAGGAAGAGUGUCUCAAGGCCCUAAACACCUGCCCUAAACAUUCUCAUAUCUGUGCUGUUUUGAUUUAUUAUAUUCCAAUGAUUGGCUUGUCCAUGGCAUACAGGUUUGGGAAACCUGCCUCUCCUCUGAUUCAUGUCCUCAUGGCCAAUAUCUACUUCCUUGUACCCCCUGUGCUAAAUCCCAUUAUUUACAGUGUAAAAACUAAACAGAUCCACAGAGGCAUACACAAACUUCUCACUCCAAGAAGGCGCUGA